AUGUCUAUAACUCUGUCUUCUCAGAGUGAGAUGUCCCGUAACAGAGUUGAACCUGCAGCAAAUGAAGAGAAUGAUACAAAAGUCAUACUCCAGUCAGAUGGUGAUCAAUCCAGGAGCGCUGGGUUCUGUGGAUAUCUCCUUACCUUCUUCUCCUACCUCGUUGUCUAUCUUACUUUUCCUGUCUCGGUCUGGUUUUGUAUGAAGAUUGUCCAGGAAUAUGAAAGAGCAGUUAUUUUCCGUUUGGGACGACUACUAGGCGGUGCAAAAGGACCUGGUUUGUUCUGGAUUAUUCCAUGUGUGGACACAUUUCGGAAGGUUGAUUUAAGGACAGUAUCUUUUGACAUGCCUCCACAAGAGGUGCUGACCAAAGACUCAGUGACUAUCAUGGUGGAUGCGGUGGUCUACUAUCACAUCUUUAACCCCACUGUCUCCAUUACCAAAGUGGAGAAUGCUAAUCAUGCCACACAGAUGCUUGCACAGACUACAUUACGAAACAUGCUCGGAACUAAGAGCCUGGCAGACAUCUUAAAAGACCGUGAGGAGAUGUCCGAACAGAUGGAGGCUGUGCUGUAUGCUGCAUCCAAGAACUGGGGUAUCAAAGUGGAACGGGUCGAGCUUAAAGAUGUCAAACUGCCCACCACUUUGCAGAGAGCCAUGGCAGCUGAGGCAGAGGCCACCAGAGAUGCCAGAGCCAAGGUGAUCGCAGCGGAGGGAGAAAUGAAAGCCUCGUGUGCUCUGAAGGAGGCGGCAAAUGUGAUGUCAGAGUCUCCGUCUGCUCUUCAGCUGUGCUAUAUGCAGACGCUGACUGAGAUUGCUUCAGAAAGGAACUCAACUAUUGUCUUUCCUCUUCCUAUUGACCUCAUUUCUAAUUUCAUGAAAAGGUGA